AUGCUGGAGCAUGCGCCUCAAGGACGCAACACGAACCGGAAGAACACGAGCGAAGUCUAUGGAAUAAAAGUGCAAGCGACCUCGAAGAAGGCUCCAGCCCCCCAAAGAUCGAGGCAGAAAUUCCCCGGAAACGGAAGGAUGCGGCGGAACCGACUGGAUGUGCAGGGCCUUGGGCCCGUGUUGACGACUGGCACCCUGGGAUCGCUUCACCGGUUGGCCUUGGGGCUCAUCUUAGUGAAGAACAAGACGCCCAACUACCGAGUCACCUUCCCCCAAGCCCUGACUCAUGCACGAGUCCUUGAGGACGAAGGGAGGAAAGCAUCCAGUCAUGCGACUCACCUGGAGGCCGGAGAGGGUGAAUGCAGGGAUGCGACGCAAGCUCAGGCGCUGAUGCUCCCACAGCAGCUGCUCGGCAUUCAGAUUGAUCUUCCGGUGUACGAUGCUCACAUUCACGCUCGGGUACAAAAUGCCAUAUUGGAAGUACUUACAAGUUUGUGGGUACUAAAAAGGGAGAAGCCAGACCUGAAGGAGACCUCCUUCGAGACCAUCGAGCUGAUCCUCGAGCCACCGCCGCGUGCCCUGGAAGUUCAGCUUUCCACCCCCCGAGAGAAGGAAGAGGAUGAUAUGAGGAAAAUCAUUACACAAGUUGUGACCAUAAAAACCCUCACUGACUUAGGUGAACACUCCAAGAGAACAGGUAACAGAACCUGGGACCCUUACCAUGAGCAGCAGAAGGGGAGGAAUCUGCCAGGGAUCCAUGGUGCAUCUCCCAGUAGAUGUCCAUCACUUCUGGGGACUCCAGGGCAAAGUACACUGGAAUGUCUGUCUCCUCAUUCAGCAUUGCCGACUCGAGAUCCAGGGAUACCUAAAAAGAGCAUCAUAGGAAGUGAAGGAAGACAUGUUUUGCGGAAGGAUGAUCAGGAGUGCCCCGACACCCAGAGAAUGCAGUCGUCGCCAGAGCUCCAGCCCUCCUUCCUGCAGGAUCUCGGUCCACCGAGCCACGACACACUUCCGCAUUACGUUCUUGGCUGCCAGCGCUUCCAUCUGCCACUAUGUUUGGAGCAGCAGGUGCCAUUGGAAGUGUAUGGGGCAUGGAGUGGAAGUUGGUUCUCCAAUACCUCCCCUUCUAUAAUACCAAGUACAGCUUUGAAGAAGAAAAAUCCUAGCCGAGUUCAUGAUUGUAGGACCGAGCUCGCUGAAGUUCGACCAGAGUACUAUCACGAUACCACACUCUUGCCAGACUGUCUGGCAUGGAAGAGUCUACUGAGCAAUGGGAUUCACCUCCAAAAAUCACAAUGGAUGAAGCAGAAUACUAUUGAGCAACGAGAUAUACCUCCACCAAUCACAGCCGUUGUUGUCUCACGGGUCACUGCACGGCAGCUGCACAAAUACAACAGUACAAGCUUACUCACAAAAGAAAGACAAGAGAAAGAAACCACAGACCUGCCAGCAUUCCGUGACACAAGGACCAAGAUGGGUGGAGGCGGGACGGAAGUGUUUGCCCUCAGGGAGAGCGAGUGCAUGUCGAGAGACGACACGAUGCAGGUAUCCUCAACGUCCCUUCGGCACUUCCCCUUCAUGGGACAGCAUUUUCGCAUGUCGGGUCGCCACAUUCCAUUUGCCUCGGUGGCACCGUGGAACAAGAUCAACUGA